ACGAACCAAUAAUCGAAACGAACCGACCUUAAAAUCAGAAGAAUCAUGUGGUGGUUCGGUGGAAAUCCGAGUCCUUCUGACUAUCCAAAUGCUGCUAUUCCUAAUUUUAAUAUGCACGCUUUUGUGAUAUUCUCGGUAUUUCUGAUACCCCUCAUUGCCUACAUCCUUAUACUUCCUGGAGUACGGCGGAAGCGGGUUGUCACCACUGUCACAUAUGUCCUUAUGCUAGCCGUAGGUGGUGCUUUAAUAGCGUCUCUGAUUUAUCCGUGUUGGGCGUCGGGUUCUCAAAUGAUCUACACACAAUUUCGUGGCCACUCGAAUGAGAGGAUAUUGGCCAAAAUUGGUGUCGAGAUCGGGUUGCAAAAAGUGAACGUUACACUCAAAUUCGAACGAUUACUUUCUUCCAAUGAUGUGCUUCCGGGUAGCGAUAUGACGGAAUUAUAUUAUAACGAAGGAUUCGAUAUUUCCGGAAUUUCAUCAAUGGCAGAAGCACUUCACCACGGGCUCGAGAACGGUCUACCGUAUCCAAUGCUCAGUGUUCUUGAGUAUUUCUCAUUAAAUCAAGAUUCAUUCGACUGGGGACGGCACUAUCGAGUUGCUGGUCACUACACACAUGCAGCUAUCUGGUUUGCAUUUGCUUGUUGGUGUCUUUCAGUGGUUCUAAUGCUGUUUUUACCACAUAAUGCCUAUAAGUCCAUCCUCGCCACCGGAAUCUCUUGUCUUAUCGCGUGUCUUGUCUAUUUACUCCUCUCACCUUGCGAACUUCGGAUAGCAUUCACUGGUGAAAACUUCGAAAGAGUCGAUUUAACGGCUACCUUUUCCUUCUGUUUCUAUCUUAUUUUUGCAAUUGGUAUUCUCUGUGUACUCUGUGGUCUUGGUCUGGGUAUCUGUGAGCAUUGGCGAAUCUACACUCUGUCCACAUUUUUGGAUGCCAGCCUUGAUGAGCAUGUCGGUCCAAAAUGGAAGAAGCUUCCGACUGGAGGACCUGCAUUGCAAGGAGUACAGAUUGGAGCAUAUGGAACAAAUACGACAAACAGCAGUCGCGACAAAAACGAUAUAUCAAGUGAUAAGACUGCUGGAUCAAGUGGAUUCCAAUCACGAACAAGCACAUGUCAAUCGAGUGCAAGCUCAGCUUCAUUGAGGAGCCAAUCAUCAAUUGAAACAGUGCACGACGAAGCAGAACUCGAGCGGACGCAUGUCCACUUUUUACAGGAACCAUGUUCAUCUUCAUCAACAUGAUCCCUCUUUGAGUUUCAUUCGAACUUCUUUAUCUCUUUUCUAGGUGUAUUAUUUUCCAAUCAUUUUCUUUCUCUUCCAUUUUUUUCAUUCUAUCAUUCUUCAUCCGUGACAUUCAACUUUCAUCGAUAUCGAUUUUCUGCCUGACCCCGGUCAUACGGGGAGAUAGAUCCAGUGUGUGUAUCGUGUGUAUAUGUACGUGUAUACAUACGUUCCCCUCCAUUCAUUUAAUUUUAAUCCCGGUGACAUUUUUCCAGCUUUUCCCAUAACAUUUUGUGUGUAAAUACCAUCCAAUCAUAUUUCAUUUCAAUUCAGAGUUUUACUAAUUUCUACUGGUACUCUUCCUUUUUUCAAUCACUUUUCCCUCACUUUCUCUGCCCCCUUGUCCCAAUCCCUGUCAUGUUUCUUCCUGUGUUUCUUCACGUUGUGAGUCGCCUUCGAAACGGGUCAUCCAGGGAUUCAUUGUCUCCCAAAGUCGCCAUGUCCAUUUGAAGAGCAUUUUUCUGUCUGUCGAGCUGUAUUAUGAUUGAUGCAUUGGUUUUUUAGUUACGGGUUUUUAGAGACCUAGUUAUGAGUUAUUUCUUUCUAUUUUCACUUUGUGAUUUGAAAAAA